UAUUUUUCUGUCUAAAUCUUUUGGUACCAAAACCAAAAUUAUUUCUGAAAAUAGAUUUGUAUAUAUUUGUAAAUAAUUGUUGUACAUAAAACGAGACAUAAAGUAGCCAGCUAAGUUUUUUAUUGACACAGAAUAUAGUCCGUUUGACUGUUACGUCUUAGUGUUUUGUAUUUGCCUGCAGUUGAAGGAAUUUUGUAGUAUUUAAAUUUUUUAACAUAUUUGAUCGAUAUUGUUUCAUACUUGUAUUAUAGAAAUGUUUAACACUAACCUAAAUAAAGUUUUGAGAAGCGUUUUAAUUGCAGGGGAUUCCAACCUGAAGCAGCUUGUACCAAUGUUUGAAUACCCAGUUAGAACACUGUGCAUACCUGGUGCCAAAGUACAGAAUGACCGGAAAGAAUUCUAUUCCCAACUGAUGAGUGCCAUGAAGACAGAAAACCCGGACCAGAUUGUUCUGCAUCUAGGUUCGAAUGAUGUAUUUGGUGAUGUUGAAUCAACUUUGAGAUCUUAUAGAUUCCUGAUAGAGAAUUUGCUGCUGAAAUUUAAAUCGUUGCAAAUAGGUAUUUGUGGCAUACUUCCCCGUGCAGUAAACCACUAUGAGAGUAGUUAUUGGAACAUGUCAGCAUUGCCAAGACUGCAGAGAGAUGUCGAGAAGUUGAACGCUGGUAUACAGUCUUUAACUUGUGGUUACAGUAGAUGUUUUUUAUUGAUUAUGCACAGCUCUUUAAACCUGCUGUUCAUCUUGGAAGGGACGGACUUCAUGUAAAUAGAAAUGGAGCUUUUAUUUUGAAGAUGACUAUAGAGAACUAUUUAGCAGAGAGACAAAAGUGUGUUACAUCCGUGACUGCAACCUUAUCUCACGUACAGGUACCUGAUGUAGAAUCUUUGUCACCCAAGAUGACCUAUGCAGAAGUGGUGAGACUACCAGUACCUUCUUCUGAUACAGGAAAGAGACCUUUUGACACGGAUGCUGAACAUCAGAAUUCCUCUAGAACCCCUUCUAAGAGGAAGAGAUUGUCUUCAGCUGGGGCAAGAAGAUCAAAUAAUAAAAGAUCUCACAGAAAACCAAGAGGAACUUAUAAAACAGGAUACAGUUUAAAGAGGAAUGAAAUAGUCCUAGAUGUUACUGAGGAUCUGGCUGUUAUCUUGUCAUCCUCAGUCAUUCAUAGUUUCUAUCAGACUGACACGAAAAAGCAAUCUGUGGAAUCCUCACAAGUGAAGCAAUCAAAGAAAACAGCUGUGACUAAGAAAGAAAAAAAAAGCACUUAUAAUUGUCCUGUUUGUCCAGUAAUAUGCUCCAGAGAAGAUUUUCUGAUAGACCAUGUUAUUUGCUGUCAUGCUAAAAAAGGCAAAACUCACUUAGUCAAAGAUCUUUCUCUUCAGGUACCAAUAACUGAGGAACCUGUAGAGGAGCUUAGGAGUUCCUAUGACGAGACUGAUAAACACAUAGCAUAUGGUAGUGUAUACAUAGAGGGUUAUGAAGUGGAUUGUAUUAUUCCAUCACAAACAGAGUUUGCAGAGAGUGAUGAAGUGGAGUGUAGUAUUCCAACAACAAUAGAGUUUGCAGAGAGUGAUGAACUGGAGUAUAGUAUUUCAACAAUAGAAUUUGCAGAGAGUGAUGAAGUGGAGUGUGGUAUUCCAACAACAAUAGAUUUUGCAGAGACUGAGGAAGUGGAGUCUAGUAGUCCCACAAGAAUAGAGUUUGCACUAACGACAGUGAAGGUUUUGGCAAGCAGAUGUUGGAAGAACUUCAAAAGGUUUAUCCUGCAUCUCUGUGGGGAUGUUGAAGAAAAUCCAGGACCUACAAUGGUAGAUCUGAAGUGCAAGUGGGAGCAGUGUACAGAGGACAAGUUCGCUGAUAUUCGUCUAUUAGCCCAGCAUGUGAUUUCGCACAUUCAUCCUGGAAUUCUUUGCCAAUGGGAAGAAUGUGUAUAUUGUUGUCCAAAUGAACAAUACAAACUGGAAAUUCAUGUGCUACAACAUAUAUACUUGGAACAGUUUACUUUUCAGUCAAUUGAAGAAUGGGGAAGAGCACUUCCUUCUGGACAGUUUUCAGAGAAUUGUACUGAUCUUCACUUGUGUCCUCCUAAUUUGAAAAUUAAGUUAGGCCUCCCAUUGUUAGAUGAAGAAUUUAGUAUGCCAUCUCAGUACCCGUAUACUGUUAAAGAUCAUCAGCUUUAUGUACUACAAUUACAGACAGAGAAUCCAGAAAAUUAUGAAAGAUUAGUAUCUGCCUUUCAACAAAAGGUUGAAACCAUGAGUGAUACUACAGCUAGUCAAUCUAGAACUGAACCCUCAACUUCUACUAGUGGUAAUACCACAGAGCUGACAAUCCAGGGAAUUGAUCAAUUGGCUGUCUUGAACUCUAACAUGACACGCUCAAGUCAACAGGUUAUUGUCACAAAGUACAGUAAAAUUUACACUCAGAGAUGA